AUGGCAAUCUCAACGCCCACACAAGCUCAGGAUUUUGGACACGUCGGCACAUGGGAAAUUAAACUGAUCCGGGGUGUCCAGUUUGUCGGGUCUGAGGCUGAGAAGCAAAAUGCGAAUUUCUACAAAACCCGCCCUGAGAUGACGAAUAGCGGGAAGAGUCUUUGCAAUGUGUAUUUAUCUCUUGCAUGGUUUGUGGAUGACUCUUCGUUGUAA